AUGUCUUCGGGAGUGGGCGACAGUAUUAAGAAGUUCUUGGGCUUGAAGUCUACGGCAACCCAAUCGCAGUCGAGUGGCGCCUGUUCUUCGGCUAACUGUCAGCAACAGGACCACCAAAAUGGUUGUCCACUUCAGCACAGCUCAAGCCUCGGACUCGUCGUCAAACACAUCCCGGAGUCAGUCGUUGAGUACGAGUUGACGAGCGAUCAGAAGAAUGAUUUGCGGCGCAGAGAGAGCCUCGCCUUCAGACUCAAGACCAUCAGAGAGUUGGAGGAAGUGGUCGGCUGUCAACGGAUCGUCGACUAUAAGUUUGUGGUAAACGAGACGCUGGACCUGUUGGACGACAACCAGCCCACGGAUGUGAGACAUACGGUGUGGAAGCUAUACAAACAUAUAGUGAGCGCACCGUCCGAUUCGAGGACUUUGUUGUGGAGUAUAGUCUCCGGCAAAGACAGUCACGACGAAGACCUACCUCUCAGACUGGAUGUGUUGAUGGCUCUGACAGACUCUGGCAAGAAUUACGAGUGUUUUAAGGACAAAAUCGGUCCGUUUCUGGUCGACUGGUUUGAGAAGAUUAUGAUUACUUUCCCCAGAAUUAGUGCCGAGUUUUUGACACUUUUGGUUAAUUUAAUUGAAUUCAAUACUUCAUAUUUGGAUCAAAAAAUAUUGGCCGACAUUACGUAUAAGACCUGUCAUCACAUCCAAAGGGUGACCACCAAUGAAGAGAUAUCGGCCUCUUAUCAUAUAAUGGAUGCUAUUGUCUGCCAUUCUCUGCUUCCAUCGAUAUGUUUGACUCAAUUUGUAAUCGUUUUGUGCAAAGGAGUGAACAAUUCGUUGUUUACCACCAUUUCGAUGAAGAUCAUGCGAAACCUGAUGUCCACACAUUUGGGCCAUUCCUGUAUCGAAACACUGAGAUAUAUAUUGAACGACGAGACCAAUUACGAAGACAUGUUACUCAUGAGAGGAGCCAUUCUUUUCGUCACCCGUUCCUUAUGGGACCCGAUGCGCGUCGAUGCCCUCAAACACAGUCCCAACUCAAUACUACCCUCCUUUAAGGGUGCCCUCCAGUGUAAGCACCAAAUGGUGGCACUGGAGGUCUCGUUAUCUAUGAUAUGUUUGAUCGAAAGCCAGCAGAAUAUAGUGAGUGAACUGACGUGGGAUCUGAUGCUAGAAAUCGCCGACGAAAUUGUCUCCAACUAUGAGAUCUCUGCCCAGAAUUCUAACCUCGAGUUCAAUCAGAAGUUUCAUCUCUUCUUGGAUAUCGUGGAAGAAAUGAAUGAUAAGAAGCGAUUCUAUGGCGACCCCAACAAACUCUUCGACAUUCUCGAGAAGUGUGCGCUCUUUCGAUCCGAACAGUCGGGCAAACGUCUAAUCCAAUACAGGGCUAACUCUAUCAAUGCGGACAAAGAUAAUUGGAUUGAAUCGUUGAGACAUUUGAUGGAAAUCUAUUACAAGAGAGAGAAGCGGACAUUCAUUCGCAUGGAAGCACUCAAUGUAUUGUCGGAAUUCAUGAAACAAUACCGUUAUAUCCAUGAGGAGAUUAUUUUGGAGAUGAUUAUAAUUCCGUAUUUAAAUCAUAUCGAAAACGAUCCGGACAUUGAGUGUCGUAUAAAAGCGGUUCAAUUUUUGUUGGAUGUGGUCACCGAAAGCAAUAGUGCCAAACGAUGUCUAGAAAUUCUUGAGAUUAUCGAUAGGAUAUUCGACCUCUUGCUGAACAUCCGGGCCAACUCUAAGGGACAGAUCGGUGUUUAUCAACGAAUCAAACCCUCAAAACCAGAUAAUACUCCAAAGUAUAGCCUAUUCAUUGUCUGCGAGCGCAAUGAAUUGAGUCCCAACGCCAGUACAGCCGCCUCUCCAGUCGUAAGCGCCACAACACUUCCACAAACGUCUAAUCCCUUAUCUCCGCCGCCGAGUCCUAUACUUCAUUCAGUCAAUACAAACUCAACCAAUUUGUGGACCCUUUCGUUCAAUGAUAUGUUUAGAGUUUUGAAUACUUGUCUCAGAAAUGAAAAGGAUUGGUCUGUUUUAAGCAUAGUUCUCAAAACGUUGCCAAAAUUUCUCAAAAAUAAAGCGAUUAUUCUGUCGGGAAGUCCUCACAUCGCCAUUGAGUUGUGUAAUGCUCUCUGUUAUCUCAUUAACGAGACUUCGACCAAAUUGACUGAAUUUCAAUCCAAUGGCCAAAAGCUUACAAAAGCAGAGUUUCAGUCAAAUGUUUAUCCAUCGCUCUCAGCCCUCGUUGGAUAUCAAAAUGAACUCGAAUUUAGACAACAAUGUUCAAUUAUCAAAUACCUUCAAAAUGGUUUGGUUUUGGUCUCUGGGCGGACGAGUGUUGUCCGGCAAAACAUUCUGUCGUUAACUAUAUGUGCGGUCGAAAUGCAAGAGGCGAUGACAAAGUGUUUACCCGACACUCUGCUAAGCCUUUCCAAAAUAUCAGCCACGACUCCCCUUUCUAUACCCAAAUUGGAGUUCUUGUCGAACGUUAUACUUCUAUCGCAUCUCUACCAGAGCUUUACAAUGGAUCAGUACAUGAGUGUGUUUGCAAUAGCCCUCCCAUACACCAACCCUAUGAAAUUUAACGAAUAUACGGUUGCUUUGGCGCACAGAGUGAUUGCCAUGUGGUUUCUCAAGUGUCGACUCCCGUGCAGGAAAUCCAUUGUACCCUUUAUUAUCAAAGGAUUGCAGGCGAAUGUAAUGGUGGACGAGCCCUCAUCCGAUUCAACCCGAACGAGAAGCAGUUCUUUAAAUACAGAGCAAACACUAACCCACAAAAAAUUGGAAGCGCGACUAUCGUUGCAGUCGUCCCCUCCACCUCUCACUCCAACGCCCCACUCAUCGCACUCUCACUUUUCAUUUUCCUUUAGCAGUGACUCUAUUUCCCAACACAACCAACUGUCCCAACACUCUCCUCAGCAACCGAACAAUAACACCAUUUCUGAGAAUGAGAGCCAAGAGGUGAGGCAUGAAUUGGUGGAGACCUGUAUGGAUAUGUUGGCCUCCUAUACAUUCGGCAUGUGCUCUACCAUUCCGUUCAAGAGUCCAAUGGUUGAACCACUACUCGAUCGGUCCAAAAGCGAGACUUGGAUUAUUGGCCACAAAUUGGUUACCAUCACAACCAGUGGCUGCAGCUCUCGGGCUAUCUCUAACGGUCUCUGCGAUAAGUGUCUCAAUAUGUGUCGAAAUAACGAGAGUUCAGACAAUUACUCCAAUGAAGAGAUUCCUGCGAACGCCACCAAUAAUACCAAUACUAAUGUUUUCCAGCCGUUGCCUGUCUUGAAGGCCAGAUCUGAUUCAACCAACUCUACAGACAGCGACAAAUUAGUGCGAAGACGGCAUCAGUCAGAGAUCGGACACAUUAUACGCCCGCAGUCUACUAAACCUCAAUCGUCGGCCUUCGAUGACUCGUAUUUGAAUUAUAACAUCCAGAGAACCAACUCAUUCCCCACCAAUACAACCGCUUUAUGCAACUGUUGGUGUCAGGGAUGGGCUGAGGUUAUGGUGAGGCGCUCGACUGGUGUGAGCUCUUGGAUUAUUCGACUCCAGAACUCAUUGGGAAGUUUUCCGUAUUCCUCUUCACCGCCGGACGAUUUGCCUGAUUUGACGGCACUCUUGAGGCCCAACAAAAGUCGCGAGCAAUCGGUGGACGAGUCGUUCGGCCGAGAGAUUGAAUACAACAGCAAUCGAAACAGUUUUGAUGUCAACGAUAUAGAGAACGACUCGGUCUUCAAAAGAGCCAAUUCUAGUCCCCAGACGGACGACAUCCCCUCUAAUCAUCACAAAUCUCCAAACCCUUUGAAUUGUUCGCCAACUUUUAUGAAUCCAAUGAACGGCGCGGAAAAGCCAUUCACUUUCAGGCCUAUAGAAGUCUCUCCGCCGACUCAGCCCAUGCGGACCAGUCCUUUCCAACCGGUGACCAGAGCCCAGUCCUUUGGCAGCAAAAUUAGGUCCGACUUCAGGACAAGACUUUUGGAUAAAAAAGAGUUUCGAAGCAAUGAUUUGGAGUCCAAUAUAGACUUCUCGUCGCGAAACUAUGCUCGCGAACCGGUUAAGUCUAAGACUCCCAUUCCUGUGCCGCUUCGCAUCAAUGAAGCCGAGAACAUGUCCGGACCCAGAGAUAGAGUGCACACCAUAUCUGUGAUGAGUCCCGUAAACAUAAACCGACGGUUCAGUAAAGACGUGGAGUCUUCGUAUUCAAUGCCCAAAUCGAGUGGUUUGUGCCCUAAGUUUGUAUUCCUUCAGCUCUAUUACAACUCCAUGUUUGACGACAAAUGCCAUAAAGACGUGGAAUUUAAUGACAAAACAAAACCAAUACUUUUAUCGAAAAACGAGGCCAUCGAUCGGUCUCUGAAAGUAUUGGACAGAAUCACGCCAUACGAGACGCAUAAGAUCGGUGUGUUAUACGUGGGUCCGGGACAGGAGAAGGACAAGACCGCCAUUUUGUCAAACCCUUUCGGCUCUUUGCGUUACAUUAAGUUUUUAAGGGGUUUGGGCAAAAUGAUUCGCUUGCAAGACGCCGACUCUCAGGUCACAUACGUCGGCGGCCUCGACCUCAAGGGACAGGACGGCAAGUAUGCCAUCGCCUGGGAGGACAACCUCAUGCAAGUGAUCUUCCACGUGUCCACUCUCAUGCCCACCUCAGACAACGACCCCAACUGUAAUAACAAAAAGAGACACAUCGGCAACGACUCCGUCUGCAUCGUCUACAACGAGAGCGGCUCUUCCGUCAACUUAUCCACGAUUAAGGGCGACGGACAGUGCAUUCAAGCCAUUGUAGUGAUCACUCCUUUUGAAUACAAUAGUAAUUUGGUUACCAUUCAGGCUAAAGAUGACUUUUUGUAUCUGAUCGGACACAUUGAGUCACAAAUGCUUUCUGACAACGCUUUACCGGUAUUUGUGCGACAGCUGGCACUUCACGCUAAUCUGGGAUCGAUGGUAUACAACGGGACGCCUUCGGCCACAACUACUCAACACGUCUCAAAUUGGGUACAAAGACUAAAACAAAUCAAACGCAUCCGACAGCGAGUGACCAAUAAGUCGGCCACCGAUGCGUUCGUUCGGUUCCCCAACAGUGACUCGAACGAAGACUCGAACUCCGGAGGCAAUCCACAAACGGGUGAUAUUAAGUGGCAAUACAUGUUCCCUGACUUUAAUGAUUAUUCGUAAUGAUAAACACUAAUGAAAACAUAAGUUUAAUUAAGAAUUUGUUAUAAAUAUAAG